UUUUCAGUCAGUCAACUUUGGCAGCCACUGCGGUACGGUGUACAGUACAAACUGGCAAUUGAGACGGGAGCGACGGAAGGCAGUGGGUGAAGUCACAAACAACGGUCUACCCGAGGAAUGACAGAGUGGUCUAAGUGGAACCGGGGAACAUAUUUGCAUGGUAGACUCACAAGCCGGUUCCUAGGUUCCCAGCCCAGUGCUCGCCGGGUUCCUGCCACUUGGGGUAGUGACCCCACCGACUCGCCCACGUCUCUCGACAAUUCCAAGGAGGAUCAAAUACCCGGCAAAAUAGUCCAUGUGGACUUGAGCUCCCAAUCCAUGAAGAAUAAUGGUCAUACACAUCCAAGAAAGUAAGACCUGGUCGACCGUUGUGAUACCAUUACAAAUUGUCCAUGGGUUUUCGGUGGCCCAGCAAGUGAUCUAUGAUAGUGGUCAAGUGCCCUGAAUAUAAGAUAAAUUUCAGCUGUAGUGUGCUAUUCGUUACCCACCAAGUUUAGGGGUGAAAGCACCUCCAGUGAAAUUGAUAAGUGGAUCGGCAUCAUCAUCAUCAUCAUCAUCGUUGAUCGCAUUGGGUUGGUGCUUAAGAAGUGUAUGCUUGUGAGCCUAUGAUUUUACCAGAGAGUAUACUUACCAGAUUCAGUGAAAUCCAACCCUUGAUGGCGUGUUGUGCGAAAUAGUGAUACUCUCCUGGUGUUGUGAAUGUUCUCCAACUCAGGCUACCAUUUUACCUCUAUUGAAUCCUCAAUUGCUCCAGAAGCAUCCGCAGCCUCAACCAAUUGGCCCGAGGUUGGUUCUGCGUCAAGCACUUCGACCUUCACUAGUCCUACUAGCCCCACCACAACCGACUCGAUUGUCUCUGCUUUUACCUCCCAAUGGUCAGCUUCGGCCUCUGCCUCAUUUAGAAACUACAACCCUCAGAACCUUCCUCUGAGCCACUCCCAGUCAGUCAUGGACUGGAUGACCCUGUCUGGGUACCGCCUUCCAAAUCACAUGACUCCUUCCAACGGGUCCAACGCCAAGUCUGAGCCAGGCACUCCCUCGCCAGUUCCUUCCACGUCAGGUGGAGGACCAUCGCUCUUGGAGGCGUGGCACCAUCACCACCAGCAACAACAACAGCAACAGCAUCAACAGCAACAACAGCAUCAGCAGCAGCAACAGCAACAGCAACAACAACAACAGCUUCAACACCAGUCCUCGAUCAAAUUGGAGAUCAACGGGGGCGGAGACAGCCAUAGUAGUGUGGGCGGAGAAAUCCCGUUCAAUCACAGUCAUUCAAAUAACUCAACAACAAACUCUGUGGGCUCCCCUAUGAGCGGGCUCAUGGCUUCACCUGGCGGAGGAGGCGGAGGUGGCGGUGGCAGUGGACCAAGUAUAGCAUCACAAGGAUCGAUAAAAGCCCAAAUCGAGAUUAUUCCAUGUAAAGUCUGUGGCGAUAAGUCGAGUGGAGUUCAUUAUGGAGUCAUCACGUGUGAAGGCUGCAAAGGCUUCUUUCGACGGUCCCAAAGUAGUGUUGUCAAUUAUCAGUGUCCAAGGCAGAAGAACUGUGUGGUGGACCGGGUGAACAGAAAUCGGUGUCAGUACUGCAGGCUUCAAAAGUGUUUAACCCUCGGGAUGUCAAGAGACGCUGUGAAAUUUGGUCGCAUGUCCAAGAAGCAACGCGAGAAGGUGGAAGAUGAGGUCCGCUACCAUAAGAACAUGAACAGCCAACAAGCGGCCGCGGUCGCAUCCGGCGGUGCUAUCAGUCGUUCUCAUACCAACAGCGGGUCGUCUCCGGACACCACCGCUUCCGUGUUUGACCCGCCUCAGCCCUCCUCCACAGAUCAUAUGUUUCCUUACAACACAGACUACAAUCCUGCCAAUUCGUACUCGACUUUCUCCAGCCUGUCAGCAGGCUCUGUGCCCGUGUCAGCCCCUUCAGGUGCCACACCUGGCACACCCGUCUCCGCCGGUCACACCCCUACCUCUGUCAGUGGGAAUGGCGCUUCCUCGGAAUGGACCGAUUACGGGAACGUGGAUUCGACCACAAGUCCGUUCGAAACCCCGGCCAGUCGUGGAGGGGGUGGAGCUGAACUAAGUCCAACCAUGCCUGGGGGCGUGAUCACCUCUCGGAACCAUAGUGGAGGCGGGACCCCCAAUGGAGGCGGAGACCUCUCUGCCACCGCAGGCCUUAAACACCUACGUACCAGCAACCACACCUCCACAACCAGUUCUUUACAUGGUCGCAUGGGGGGCCUAAUGGGUCUCCAUGGGAUCAAUCCGGGUUCCAGUGGAUUAGGCCUUCUGGGCUCGGUUCAACACACCAUCAAGCAAGAGCUCUCGGGCUCCAACUUCCAUGGCAUUGGUGGUGGGGGAAGUAUAGGCGGUGACGGAGGUCCUCAUGACGUCAACGGCCAACGACAGUUGGGCGGUCAUGAUCUCCUGAGCUCGGGUGGCGGGUUUGUGGAUAGCACCACCUACUCGGCCACACCUUCGUCUUCCAAUAAUGUCAAUCGGCAGUCUCCCUCCAGCCUCGGAGCCGCCACCGGGGCAGACGGAGUCAUGGGAGGAGGAGGAGGUGGAGGCGGUGGAGGCAGCGGUAAUGGGACCGUUAACGGGUUGGGAAUUCCUAGUGAAAUAUUCUUACUUCAAGAGGAACUUCAGCAUGAUCCUGAUGGAAUCAGCAUCCUCCUCUCAAAUUCCAUUUAUGAGGCCCACACUCGAACACGUCUCUUCCCUAAGGAAGUCAUUCAGGAGAGAUGGAAGGUGGGUGUGGACCAAGCGAAAGUGUUCGCCUUCAAGAAUCUGACACAAGAGGAGCUUUGGCUCCAAUGUGCUCAGGGGCUCACUACCAUCAUAACACAGAUUAUUGAAUUUGCUAAAAUGUUACCUGGAUUCAUGAAAUUUCCCCAAGAAGACCAAAUCGUACUUCUAAAAGGAGGGUUGUUCGAGUUGGCCGUCAUCCGGAUGAGCCGAUACUAUGACAUUACCCAGUACGCCGUGCUUUUUUCUGAUACGAUGCUACCCAUGGAAGCCUUCACGACCAACCGUGACACCCAAGAGAUGCGGCUGGCCAACCGCAUUUUUGACUUUGCCCAAGAUCUGGCCGAGAUGCAACUGUCAGAAGUGGCUUUGUCACUCUAUUCCGCUUAUAUUUUGUUGCAAGAUGAUCGACCCGGCUUAUCGGGCACGGAGGAGAUCAGCCGACUGAACAAUGCAGUACUUACCGCACUUCAACGAGAGAUCACUCACCGACCCCCUAUGGUCGCUGUCAAAGGCGAUGUGUCCGUUAUCAACAAGCUCAUGACCAAGAGACAUUGUUUAAGGGAAAUAAAUUAUAUGCACCUGGAAGCCCUGAACAAGUUCCGCAACAAUGCUGGUGUACUGGUCGAGUUCCCAGCCCUUCACAGAGAACUGUUUCCCGGAGGUGCGGACGGAUAGUGAAAAUAGGAAAUCCAUCAUCUUGUCAUGGGCAACAUUUUCGAAUCUCAAUGUUGCAGAUCUUCCGUAGGAUUAGAGGUUCGAUCGGUCCGACGUGCACAAGUUCAUUGGAAAUUGGUAAUUGUGAUGAAAAAUUGUUGAAACUCGCUUGCUGCCCAGAGACGGAUGCUGCUAUUCAUAAGGUGUUUUGGUCACGUGUGUGUGUAUAUAAAGAAUUAAGAAGUUCGUGUUGAGAGCCUCCAAGAAAGCAAUUCUAAGAUGGAUGGACUUUUGCUUGAAACUGUGAAAAAUACAAGAACAACCACAACAAAUGCUUGUCAGAACUACUGAAAGAAUUCUACGACUACCACUUCUUCUCCUACAUCUUCUACUAGUUACCCUAUUCAUCAUCAUCAUCAUCAUCAUCAUCAUCAUCACCUGCUGCAAAGAAAAAGUGAUGUGUGCAGUUUAUAGAACUGCUUUUAAAAUUGUACGACUUCUAUCGGCCCGUCUCGUCCGAUUGGAUCAAAGACAAAUCAUCACUGUACCUCAACAUUUUCUAUGACACACACAAAUCCUUUACCGAGCGUCGUGGUUGUGGGCUCAUUUUUGUGAACUGGAUUGUUACUGUGAGGAUCCCAUGGUGCUGGGCAGCCCGCCUUUUUUGUCCAGUGGGCCCCAUCCGCCCCUUUUUCGGCUGGGCCGGUCUGGUCAUACAACUGACGUCACAUCCAUCAACGAGUUUCCAGGCGGCGGACGAAUAACUACUAUUCCAAUAGAAUUUCCCGAUAUUUUUCCAGUUUCUUAUCUAAAUCAAACCCCAGCUGCAAGUACUCUUAACUUUUAUGCCUCUUCCCCACCCCCCCACCCCCUUUCUUCUGUUCCUCAAGAACAACCAGCCCCCCAAAUCAACGCCCUCAACGACCGUAUAUACAUUGUCAGAACCAGAUAGAAACACCUCCUCUCCUGAAUUGGAUUUUUGAAGAAAGUUGCAGAACGUCUUAAACACGGGGAUGGUCCUCAGAAAAUUAUUGAAUGGAUGUGAUAUAUGUUUUAGAUGUUGUGAACAACCCAGUAAAAAGGAGAAGAAAAGAGAAACUUUUGGUAAAUGGUAACCUAACGCUGGGGCUCCUUGGGCGGAUAAUGCGAACGAAUGAAUAAGUCUCACAUAAAUGUUGUAACGCAAUUUGCCCCGACCCACCUUUCGCCCCGCCCGUUUCAUCUCGAGUCUUUCUCUUCUGCUCUUGUUGCUCAGGUCGCACACGCCUCCCUCAGUCUUGUUCUCUCUUUCGAAAUAGACCACAAUUGCGAUUCCAGCAUUACGCUGCCAGGCACGCCCACACAAGAAUCUGAUUCUCCAUUUGUCUGUCUACCUUACCAAGAUACAAAACAGUCGCCGCAACAGUAACAGCCAUCUUCUAUUCACCAAAAAACCCUCACUUUUUCACUCUUAGUUGAUGAUGAUGUAAUUGUAUAUAAAAUCUAUACACAUCCAAACACAAACGAACACAUACGCAAGAAAACUAUUUGAAAGACCUUUAAGAUGAUGAUGAUUGAGUAAUAUGUUACAAUAUUUGCUGCAGCUGAUACAUCCAUUUCUUUUAAUACUACAACAUUUACGACGACAACAGCAACAACAACAACACCUUCUAAUUAUUACAAGAACAAACAACAGCAACCGUAACAACUCCCAAACAGAACUGCCAUAUUAAUGCUACAGAAACCACCCGCUAUCCACAACGGACAAUUGACCACUGUAAAUCGCCUCCAAACACUUUGAAAGAGAAUCACUCGUGUACCUUGUUGCUAAACCAUUUCUUCGGAUUUGUUUGAAGUACGUAGUCGUACUAAUGCAGUACUUAAGAAGUAGAUGAAAUUACACAGCAUUCACAAAUAGCAAUGAAAUGUGGUCGUCGUUGUUAGAUGAACACAAGUUGAAGGAUCCAUUAUUCGGAAUUAUUUCUUGUACGUUGUACCUUUCCUGACAUCUUUGCCGUCGGGAAGGAAAUUAAAAGCCUCCAGACAGAUAUGUAAUACUUCUACUACCAUGAAUAGAGAGUUACUAUUGCCACAGCCGCUACCACUAUAAGUGUUUGAUUGAUUUUUUCAAUGAGACUUAUUAUCAUUAUUAUUAUUAUUACCACAAUUGACACGAUUAUCUUUAUUAUUGCUAUUUGAAAGAUAAACUUCGAAAGAAAACAGU